AUGGAUGCUAACAAUAACAUAUUCCCAUUAGCCUUUGGAAUAGGAGACUCUGAAAAUGAUUCAUCAUGGUUAUGGUUUUUCACAAAGUUAAAGGAGACAUAUGGAGAAAGAGAAGAUGCCACUCCAACAAGAAGAUAUACAAUGAUGACAUCAAAUAUAGCUGAAUCAAUAAAUGCUGCAUUGAAAGCUGCAAGAACACUGUCAAUCACUACAAUGAUGGAGGGCCUUCGAAGUUUAGUUCAAAAAUGGGUAUGGAAAAAUGGUAAUGAAGCAAACAGAACAUUCACACCAGUAACAACAGAUACUGAAACUGUGCUUAGAGAAAACUUUAUUCGUGCCAUUAAAUUUCAGGUCUUCCCAGUAAACACUAUACUGUACCAAGUUCUGGUUGAACAGAAAGGAAAUUUUUUGGUCAACCUAAUGGAGAAAACAUGUGAAUGCAAAAGAUUCCAACAAGACGAAAUACCGUGUGCACAUGCAAUAGCAGUAUUCGCCAAAACACGGCUGAAAACAUAUGAUUAUGUUGCUGAUUACUACAAAACUACAACUAUGAAAGCAACAUAUGAAUCAACUGUUCAUCCAUUGCCAAAUGAAAGAGAAUGGACACUGCCAGAGACUUUAAACAUAAUUGUCCUACCACCAAAAUCAAGAAAACCACCAAGCCCCCCUAGACGGAAAAGAAUCAGAUCUAGAGGAGAACCAAAGGUGCAAAUAAAAUGUGGAAGAUGCGCGCAGCAAGGGCAUAAUAGAAAAACAUGCAGGAAUGAACCAAUCCCAAAGCUGCGAAACACAACAAAGUCAAAGAAAAUAGACAAAUAA